AUGAAGACCCGUCUUACUUUCCAAAGGGCCCUUCUGGGUCUCUGGUUGUGCUUGUUCGCUGUAAGCUUCUGCUACAGCAAUGCAGAGACUAUUGAGGAAGCUGGACAACAAGCACUAGACAGAGCUUAUUCAGAGCUGCAAGCAGAGGCUGCAGAGCUCAAUGAAGAAGGGAAGUUUGUCUUUAAGAAACACCCUCUACCUAAGAUUCCCAUUGUAAAGAAGCCAUUUCCACCAAAGCCCUUCUUCAAGAAGCCACUUCCACCACCAGUUCCAAUCUUCAAGAAGCCACUCCCUCCACCCUUCAAGAAGCCAAUCCCUCCUCCAGUUCCAAUCUUCAAGAAGCCACUCCCUCCACCUGUUCCAGUCUUCAAGAUUCCACCCUUCAAGAAGCCGGGUCAUCCUCCGGUACCGGUUGUUGAAGGGAAACCAUUUGUAAAGAAGCCAUUUUUUCAUCCCCUUCCAAAAUUCAAGAAGCCUUCUCUACCUCCUGUUCCAAUCUAUAAGAAGCCACUUCCUCCACCAAUUCCCGUAUACAAGAAACCAUUUCCCCAUCCUAUUUUCAAGAAGCCACUUCCUCCACCAAUUCCCGUAUACAAGAAACCAUUUCCCCAUCCUAUUUUCAAGAAGCCACUUCCUCCACCCAUUCCAACAUUUCCUCCACAUCCUUUCCUUGGGAAGCCACUCCCUCCUCUGGUUCCCUAA